AUGUGCGACGAACCGUGGACGGGGCCAACGCGGCCAUUCUGGACAGAACAAUCGCAAUCCACAUGUCAGAGCAAUCCAGGCUCUAUGCCUGAAAAGUGUCUUCAUUGGUCGAGCACCUGGGAAGGGACGCAGUCAGAUUUCUCAGGCUUUGCGGCAGAUACACAAGCGAUGGACGAGACACCAGAUAUUAUCACCUUAGAUUCGCCACUGGGCCAGGCGACAGAAACACACAAGUCAGAUAUCGCCAGCGAGUAUUUGGCUUCCUCACCUGCCUCGGAGGAAACCGCCAGCUCGGAAAAUGGGUCCUCGGUGUCAGGGGUAUCCAGCCCGAUUCAUUCGGCGGGAGAAUCGCCACCAAUGGAACCCGUUUCGCCAAUGUCGCUGGAUGAUAGCAAGGAGCUACCUUCGUCGGAGGAUGCUCUUGGCUCAGUUGAGAGAACUCCGUCGCAAUCGAGGCCUGCACCAAGUAUCCCACGUGCAGUGGCCAAAAGACUGCUACGGCUUCUUCCCAGAUCGUCUCAUCUCGCUCUCCGUCUAACGUGCAAGGCAUGGCGUCGAGCAGUCGAUCAGGUGGCGCCGCUGACUCCCCCGGCGGCCAAUGUCACCCCGCCCGAGAUUCUGUUUCAAAUCUUUAGCAUGCUGAGUCCGCGAGACUUUGACAAUGCUCGACGGACGUGCUCCCAGUGGAUGCGCGCCAGCUUGAAUAAAGAUCUGUUGGAGGCCAUGUUGAAGAGAGCCGGCUGGUGGGAUGCCUGGCAGCGGGACUGCCAGUUAGCUCGUCCGGCUAACGAGGUCGAGGAGAGUCUUGUGUGGAGAAUGAGCAAGCGUUUCUCGACCGAAUGUCUCUUGUCUGGUCGCAAGAAUAAUGUGGAACGAGGCGGUUUUCUGCCUACUGCAGUGGUGGAUUUCUCCAAGUUGUCGCGUGAAUCCCUGCCGAAAGAGUCGCCUGGGUAUGCCCGUAGCGUAUUAAGCGGACCGUCCCACACUCCCCGGCUCACGGCGGCCCUGAGAGACCCGGCUUUCUCACGUUCGCUGAAAUUUAGUGUCAGCAGUUGUGGCCAUUACGUGCUGGUUGCGACGGGCUGCAUGAUCUAUGUCUACCACCUCCGAAACAGAAAACGAGGAGACUCCCAGCCUCCUCCUUUAUCAGCGGACAAGACGCCGGAGACUCUUCAUGAUGAUGAUCUCGAUAUCUUGCCCAUCUCCAGCAUCGGGUGCCCUUACGAGGUUCUCUCGGCUACCAUUGACACCAGCACGCCGCGAUUUGUCAUUGCAGCAUUGCUCCGGGGUCGUGUCGGCAUGAUAUGCGACAUCAAAGGGGCGCCUGUCUAUCCGUCUGGGGAACCGUCCUCUCCCGUCUCGAAGAGAAGCUCUGGUAGCGUGGGACAGGCAGACGUGAAAGACGAUACGACCCUCAAUGAGAUACGUGAAGCAAUCGCUUCCAGUGCCACCGUCGCUGAGGCUGGUCCUCGCGGUGGUGGCAGACCAGGCUUGUCUUCUCGUCCCGUAUCGUCACGGCGGACGAUGAACCGAGUGACCAGGACUCCUCGAAAGUACUACCACGACCUGUGUUCGGCAGAAGACCCGCCGCGCAGCGUUUCGAUCUGUCCGGGCCGUCGAUGCGUCGCCUUUGGGUGUGGUUCAGGAAUUGAGCUCCACUGGGUCGACGAGAAGACCAAAGAAGACCAGCGGAAGCUCUUCCCGAUGUCCCAGCCGGCCGAGAUCCUGCAUUUCCUGCCUCAGCGCUCGGAGAUUGACGAAACCACCAAGUUGAGACUGAUCUCAUCCCUGGCGGGGCCAGGUGCAUCUGGAUGCCAGUGCUAUCGAUCCGCGAACGGAGAAGACGGGGUGGCGUGCCAAUUCCAUCUGUCAACCGGCGUCAGCUCCUUCACGCAUUGGACGCCACGAAAGAAUGGACGGUUGAGCCUCGUGAGGGCGACACACUGCCACCACUACCGUGCGAUGCCGAUCAACGACGGCUUGCAUAUCCUUUUCAUCGAACCCUUUACCGGGCUCCUCUGUAUUGGGUCUGACGCUCCAAUCGGCGGUCCCACCAGCCUGACCAGAGCGCUCGUUUGCGUUCCGCCUUUUGACAGCAACCUCACUGACGGUUGGAAAGAGGAACGCGUCCCUACCGUGUUUGCCGCUGGAUCAGAUCUGAGCUGGGGUCUCCGGAUCGUGGCCGCCUACCAGGACCGGAUCAUUCUGUAUUCGGUGCCGCUGGAUGUCUUCAAUGUCAUCCGACGGGAGCAUGAGCUGCAGGGGGACGGGGUCAUGGGAGACAGCGAUCUGGCCCGUGACUGGUUCUUGGACGCGGACCGCGGCACUCAGCAGCGUCGUGGCAGCCUGGCGCAGAACCAGAAUGGAGACUGGGAGUUCCUGCUCCGGGUCAGCUACCGACCGACGGCGAUGAUGUGGCCGCUGAAGAUCUACGGGAAGGAGAUCGGGAAGAUGGAGAGGGUGGUCGAAUUCUCGAUUCAGACGUCGCAUGGCGGGGUGCGUGUGUGGGCGUUUGGUGCCUCCGGGGAGGCGCGCAUCUUCGACAUCGACACGUGCACGUCGCGGACUCGGCCUGUGGGCAACAUUGGCGUCAAGUCGCUUUCGAUCGGAUCCGAUGGCAGCAUUGCGUCGGCGAUGUUGGUCGACCGAGCCGAGUCUGGUCUUCUCUCGCCGCUGCCGGUCAGGGCCACGCGCAAGCGGAAACAGCUCAGCCAGCCGGCGUCCUUUGACCGGAAGCUGUUCGCCAUGUCGACAAGUGGCAGCAGUGAAAAUGGAACGUCCUCGCCUUCCUCUCCAUCAAGAACAUCUGACGACACCGACAACACCAACAACCGCAAGAAGCGCCGUCCUUCCUUUGCUGCAUGCAUUAUGGAUCUCAAGAUCCCCGAACUGGGGGCCCGUGAGGGCCUGUGGAUGGAGCCUGGGACUGGCGGUGAUAACAGCACUGCCGCAGGACUCGAGUUCCACGACAUUGCAUCCUACGACCCUCACGACCUGCGGAAAGCGUUGUGGGCGACGUCGACGACGUCGGGGUUGCGACAUCCGUCGGAGCGAGAGCGAGGGUUGCCGAUCAGCCAGUGGCAGUAG